GGUACAGUCCGACUUCCGCUGUCACCAUAGCAACGCGUCCUUAUAGGCGCCGAGAAGGGGAGAGGAGACACCCGGAGAAUGUCACCCGAAUAGUGACCCGCAGCUCCAAUACCUCUUCCCCAUCCGCCGCGCUGACUCCCGCGUUAUGGAGGUCGCCCAGCCGCCUGCAAUGGACCUAAAGCUUGGGAAGCAGUCGCCUCUUUUCCUGGAUAGCCUGGUGCGAGAGCCCCAGAGGAGACCGGUCCCCAACCACCUGCUGGAAUCAAAGAUUUAUGCCAAGCUCGUCAGGAACGGGUCAGUGGAGGCGGAGCCUGGCGUUCUUCACUUUGGGGGAUAUAAAAUUGGCAAAUGUCACCAGCAGACCCUAAGACUGGUGAAUAUCUCCACUGAUGUCAGCAACCUGCACAUCAUCCCCCCGCAGAGCAAGCACUUCACAAUAAGCUACAGGAAGGCCAACAGACUGGUUCCAGGCCUGGCCUUUACAAUCCAUGUUCGAUUCAUUCCUGAUGAGUGGAGGUAUUACUACGAUUGUAUUCGUGUUCACUGCAAGUGUUCCUGUUCCCAGGGUGACGAGACUCUGCUGGUUCCCCUGCACGCCUAUCCAGCCAUAAACCUGACGGACUUUCCAUCUCACGUGAACUUAUCUGAUGUUGCACUCGGGCAGAGUGCACGGCACGUCAUCACCUUACGCUGCAGCUGUCCAAUUGAUUUUGAGUUUUCCAUCAUUUCUACGCAGUCUCACAAAGAUUUCCACACUGCUCCAGUUUCCGGAAUUAUUCCCGCGGACGGAGUAAUCGAUGUGAUUGUGACAUAUACGCCUACGAGCUACGGAACAGCUCAGAUCAGCCUGGAGUUACUGAUCUCUGAGUUCAACGCUAAGCCUCGCCGAUGCGUCAUUACCGGCACCUGCUCCCCAAAUCUGGCUGCAACAGAUACACAGAAAGAAAGCUCAGAGAAAGUCUUGGCUUUUUCCAAGGAGAGACCAAAGGACCUCGAGAAAGUGACCUUUGGGGUGUCCCGAAAGAAGAGACACUUAAAGACUCUCCAACAGAAUGCAUCUCAGGUCAUCGAGUACCACGAUCUGAAAUUCCCAGUGAAUUUGUCCAACCCCCAUUCUGUGGCCACCGUCUUGAACCAGCAGCCGGGCAAGCUGAGCGUGAAGGACCUGCGUGACGGUCUUACCUUCCCCAGCAUAGUAAAAGGCCGCCAGGAGAAGGAGAGACUAUUCCAGCAGCUGGUGCAGCACAACGUCACAGAGGAGGAGACAAAUCAGCUGCGAUGGCAGGUACACCUCGGCAGUGGCCCCAUUUCUCCCAAACAACGUAAAAGAAUAACUGAUGAUCGACAAAGAGCUGAGGCAGAAUAUCAGGUAAAGAGAGGUCGCACUGACCUUGGGCGAGAGUAUAAGAGGGAGACGCUCAGCGCUGUGUCUCAGCGGGUGUUACGGACUGUAGCUCAGGGUCCCACAUUCCAGCCACAGUUUGACCUCUAUCUGAAUGACCUGUGGGCCAACAGGAACCAGGCACUGAGAUGCUUCCAGCAAGCCGCCCGCAAGGUUCUCAUACAAUGCAGAGUAAAUCUCAGAUUGUUGUCUUUGAGGAAACUGCUGGAAGGCCGGAGCUCUGUGCCGGAAGGAGACCCUGUGUUUGACAGCAGCGAUGAGGAAAUGAUCCACAUGUUCCCAUUUUCCACUGAUCAGAUUCUGUUUUAUGAGUUUCCUCCAUACCCUGCUGAGCCAGAUGGAUCAGUCCCAGGAGAUGUUGGGUCAGGUCCUCCCAAACCGGCAGCCGUACAGCUCAAACAGAGAUUUCCAUUCUAUGACUUACAGGUUCCCCAACAUUUCAAGCUGAUGGGAUAUCAGCCGGUUAGUUUUCAUGGGGAGUCUUCCACGUACCAAACCCGACAUCUGGCGCGGCCACUGAGGAGGGGGGCAGAGGAUGAGCUGACGCCGGACAUGGCCUCACAGAUUGAUGUCCCUGGUUCAGCGGCCAGUCACCGACCGAGUAUCCACUUUCAGGGAGACCAGGAGAAGGGAACACUCACACUGACACCCCCAGAGCAGCUACUCAACCCCCCAGAUUUCCAUCCGUUGCACGUGUUCAAUCCAGCACCGGGGCUUCUGGCCUUUAAGACGCCUCUUUCAUACUCCGAAACAGACAUAGAGUAUCAUCUCUGCCCGCUGCCAAAGUACCCGAUCCAGAGCGAGACAGCUGGGAACACGCAGAGGAAGUUCCUCAGCCGACAGGAAAUUAUUAAAGGACUGAUGACCUGGAAGAAGUUUCCAAGUUCCAGCCUGUCUGUUCCUCUCCCGGGACCCGGUGCCCACAGCCCCCGCUGGUGUGACCCGUUUAAUGCGGAUUUGCUUCCAUUGAACACCCCACCAAAGCUUCGUGACUUACCGGAGGAGGAGAAGGAAAACCUUGUAGUACGAGAAGGUGAUGGCGCAGAUUCCGCAGUGUCGCUGACACCGGGCAUGGUGAGAGCGGAGUUUGCUCACAAUGAAGGCGAUAAGAUUUCCCCCAGCGAGAAGCUGACGGAGUCGCCUGUUCCGGCCGAGGGUAACACACUGGCGGAUAAGGUGCUGGGGCACCUGGAACAGAUGAAGCUCCUGUUACAUAAUAAGAAGCUGAUAUUAAACUGAGAGAUACAUUAUAUCUAAUAUAGAAUUAUGUUUGUGCCAGUAACGUCUCUAUAUACUUAAAGGUGAACAAUUACAAUACAAGAAUGUUAUGUAAAUUAUAAAUUACAUUUCUUUAUAA